GUAGGUUAAACGGAGCGUCGUAUUUUUGUUCCUGUGUCAACCAAAAGAAGAAAAGAACAGUAACCAGUAAGACCCGGCUAAGUUUUCAGCAAAGAUAUUUUUUCACACAUUACGGAAAAGUCUCCUCAUAUCUGAAACCAGGCAGACAUCCAUCAUCCUAGCAGAACUCUUUUUGAAGAUGAACUCCAAUGUGGAGAAUUUGCCUCCUCAUGUUCUUCGCUUGGUCUACAAAGAGGUUUCAGCUUUAGCAGCAGACCCACCUGAGGGGAUCAAGAUUUACCCAAGUGAAGAAGACAUUACUGAACUGCACACGUCCAUUGAAGGACCGGAGGGAACUCCAUUUGCUGGUGGCGUUUUCCGAAUGCGCCUGGUCCUCGGGAAGGACUUCCCUGCGGUUCCACCCAAGGGGUAUUUCCUGACCAAGAUUUUUCACCCCAACGUGGGUCACAAGGGAGAGAUCUGUGUCAACGUGUUGAAGAGGGACUGGAAGGCAGAACUCGGCCUCCGACAUGUCUUACUUACGAUCAAGUGUCUUCUCAUCCAUCCGAAUCCAGAGUCGGCUCUGAACGAAGAGGCCGGGCGCUUGCUGUUAGAGGACUAUGCAGAAUAUGAGUCCCGAGCUCGUCUGCUCACAGAGAUCCACGCCAUGGGCGGGCCCGGCGGGACCUCGGGGGCACCUCAGGACCCUAAUGACGGCCCACAGCCGAAGAAGCACGCAGGUGACCCCACAAAGAGAGCAGGACCCAGUGCGGCAGCUGUGCCAGCAGCUCUGGGUAAUGGAGCUAACGGAGCCAGUACCACCACCAGCAAUAGCAACAGUAGUAGUAGCACUAAUAAUGUAGCAGGGAAAAAGAAAGCAGACAAAAAGCGUGCAUUGAGGCGACUUUAAUACCUCAGCGAAAUUCUCAGUGUGUGUGUGUGUGUGUGUGUGUGAGAGCGCGAGAGAGUGUAAAUAUAAAUAUUGAAGUGUGCUGAUGAUGUUUUUGUUCCCUUUUUUUUUUUUUUGACUCUUUCUACCACCUAUCCAGACUGUCCACUUUGUACUCAUACCCUACCUUCUGUCUUGCCACCACUUUGUCCUGUUGGCAUUACAGGUUUGUUAAUUAAUUCCAUACCUACAGACACGAUGAAAAAUAUAUCUGUUCCUCUUUUUAAAGGAAAGACAACACCUUCAAUGUGGAAACCAUGCUAUGUGUUGUAUUUUGCCUUCGGCCUAGCAUGAAUGAAUAAUACAGGGAAUGGGUUUCACUGUGCAAAAUAUGGCCUCUAAUUUCUGUCCAGUAAUGAGACAUAACCACUAUUGUCUCAGACUUGAUAUCAACUCUUUUUAAAGUGUUUCUUGGUAAAUGCCGCUGUGAUGGUACUGUGUACUGCUCAGCCGGGCUCACUCAUGAGUCUAAACCAGGAUGUUCCUUUCAUUAAAGUCAGGUAUUCAAAUUGAGCUUAAAGGAAAUAGUGGUAGAAGUCGCUGAACAAUUAUGCAAGGAGUUGGUGGGUUCACUAUUGGGAGAGAAAUGUUGUCAACGAUCACGCAAAAUGGUAACAUCUUUUUAAAUUGUAUUUUUCGUAUUAUGAGCUGGAUCAAGUAAAGGUAUGGAAAGAGUUAGCAUUUGGAUAAAAGAUCUGUUUUGUUUUUCAUGGAAUCUCAGCCCCUUUUUAAGUUUUUCUAAAAUUGUUUCACUGUCCAGUAUUUUCAAAAGUUGUUUAUAAUUGACAUGUCCAUAUUCAGCUGUCUUGUGGUUGUGUGUGAAGACCUAGAUCAGUGGCUUAAAGGGAACAGGGUAGGCUGCCAGACUACUUUAUAAAUAAAAAACAAAUGAAUCAUUUAUUCUCUGUAUUAACCAUACAGUGGUGUGACUCGUUGAAACUACCCCUGUUUCCCUACAAAGCAGUUUGUGCUCUCAAAUACCCAGCUGUCCGACCAGCCAUGUGGGUACCUGAGAAGACAUCUGUAGGAAACGUUCACGUUUGAUAGAAUUUGUCUCCUGACCCGUUGCACUGGCGGGGUUUCGUGGGCAGGUUUUCUCUCUGUUCUAAAUGCAUGCGGGGCCUACAUUUCCCAAGGAAACACACUGAAGCACUGUGUUAAUUUGGAUGGAAAAGGUGCCCCUGAAACUCCUGUCAAUGUGCAGACUGUUGGCUGGAUAUUUUAUGUCCAUUUUAAAUUAUUUAAAUUAAUAAAACAUUGAAAUACAAGAAGUGAA